GAGAAAGCCUGUUCGAGCAGAGCGUCCAAAUAGGGGCAGCUGGGCAAGUGACAGGCAGUCAGAGCUGCUCCCGCCCGCGGGUCCUCCCUUUCGGUGUGACAGGCCCUUCGGACUAAGCCAAAAUGCCGCUGCUGUUCCUGGAGCGCUUCCCGUGGCCCAGCCUGCGCACUUACACGGGCCUGAGCGGCCUGCUGCUCGGCCUCAGCCUGAUAAGCGCCUAUCGGAGCCUAAGCGGGGAGGCGGCAGAACGGAGCAUGUUGAAAGGAGAGGGAGCGGGGGACCAGCUGUCAGCAGAGCCAGUGGACUUCGUUGAGCUGUUCCGGUACCUGGUUUCUGACAGCCUUGGGGUGUGGGUUCUAGUGAACACUGUGUGUUGCCUAUUGAUGUUGAUUGCCAAACUGAUCCAGUAUGUGGUGUUUGGCCCUCUCCGUGUUGGAGAGAGACAGCACUUGAAGGACAAGUUUUGGAACUUCAUAUUUUAUAAAUUUAUCUUCAUCUUUGGGGUACUGAAUGUCCAGACAGUAGAGGAAGUGGUCCUUUGGUUUUUGUGGUUUGCUGGAUUGCUUUUCCUUCAUCUCAUGGUGCAGCUCUGUAAGGAUCGAUUUGAAUACUUAUCUUUCUCUCCAACUACCCCAAUGAGUUGCCAUGUGCGGGUCUUGGUUCUGCUCAAUGUUAUGCUCUUAGUCUGUUGUGGUCUUGCUGUGCUGUGUGCAGUUGCUGGAUAUACACAUGGAAUGCAUACAUUGGCUUUUAUGGCUGCUGAGUGCAUGUUGGUGACAACAAGAACCACUCAUGUUGUCUUACGCUAUGUCAUUCACCUUUGGGACCUAAACCAUGAAGGAACAUGGGAGGGCAAAGGAACUUAUGUAUAUUACACAGAUUUUGUAAUGGAGCUCAGCCAUCUGUCCUUAGACCUCAUGCAUCACAUUCACAUGCUGCUCUUUGGUAAUAUCUGGCUCUCCAUGGCAAGUCUUGUCAUCUUUAUGCAACUCCGCCACCUCUUUCAUGAGUUUCAACGCCGAAUACGACGCCACAAAAACUAUUUACGAGUUGUUGGCAACAUGGAAGCUCAUUUUGCUGUAGCAACUCCUGAGGAACUUGAAGCUAAUAGUGACGAUUGUGCUAUCUGUUGGGAUUCAAUGCAGUCUGCUCGGAAGCUUCCCUGCGGUCAUCUCUUCCACAACUCAUGCCUCCGAUCCUGGCUGGAGCAGGACACGUCGUGCCCGACUUGCAGGAUGUCUCUUAAUAUGUCUGAUGGCACCAGAACCCGUGUAGAACAGCAGAGGGAUAAUGUAGAACAGAAUGUGAUACCACUGACAGUAACAGAAGGACGACCACGUCUCAACCAUCAUAAUCACUUCUUCCAUUUUGAUGGUUCUCGAUUUGCCAGUUGGCUGCCAAGCUUCUCAGUGGAAGUCAUGCAUACAACUAACCUCCUUGGCCUAGCACAAGCAAACAACUCUCAGCUGAAUACUAUGGCCCGGCAGGUUCUAGAUAUGUUCCCACAAGUUCCAUAUAAUUUGGUUUUGCAAGAUCUGCAGCUCACACGUUCUGUUGAAAUUACCACUGAUAAUAUACUGGAAGGACGUAUUCAAGUUCCUUUUCCUACACAGCACCAAGAGGAUGUCAUAUCUGCAACAGAAAUAUCUCAAGAAGGCAUAGCACAAGAAGAAAGCAGUGCUACCUCACAGACUGAGCGUGUAAAUUUGGAUUUGAGCCCAGGUCUUGAGGAAUUUGAGGAUUUUAGUGGAAUUGAGGCACAAAUGAGUGAGGCAGAAGACUUUGAGGCCAGAGGGAGCAGAUUCUCCAAAUCUGCAGAAGAGAGGCAACGGAUGCUUGUCCAGAGGAAAGAUGAUUUGGUGCAACUUGCAAGGAGGCGUUUCUUAAACAGAACUUCAGAAGAAGAUAAUCCUGACUGUUCAUCAGAGAGGGAUUCAUUCACAGACAUUUCUUCAGAUUCAACAACCAUGCGUAGACGUAUGUUGGCUGCAGCAGCAGAACGUAGGAUUCAGAUGCAACAGUCCCCACAGUAAUCCCAUGGACACAACCUAACCUUGAGCCUUUACAAUGGAUGCACACAUUGACACUUUCUUACUUUGCUCCUUGUUCAUGAGCUGUACCAGCUCACAGAGAGAUUUAAUCUUUUAUAAUCUUAUUUUUUUUGCAAUAUGUUUAGAAUAAGCAAAGCCAUUUUUUGGUUCUGAUGUCAAGUUUGCUCGUGUCAUCCCUGCAUUAUAACCAUUCUCUGAUUGGCACCCAAAUAUGGAGGAAUCGUCAGUAUUUUAGGCAGAGUUGGUGCUAGAGUUUUCAAGUAACGUUUUUUUAAAUUGAUAUUCACUAACUGUAAUAAGAAGGUUCAGAGGAAGGGAAUAGGAUGAACAACGUUAAAUAAUCCACACCAGAUAGGUGGAACCUGUUUAUAUUACAUUAGUAUUAAUGUCAGAUGUCAGGCACAUUUUUAUCAAAUUGCUAGUGUCAUAAAACAAGAUUGCAUGAAUACAAUGUUGCUUUAUGAAGAAUGCUUCAAGAAGGUUUGGUGAUAAUACUAAUUUGUUAUGCUACAAGAAAGUGAUUUGAAAGUGUUAAACUGUUCUGUAAGAUAUUAUACAGCGCUGUGAAGGUCUGUAUGCCAUCUGCAGCCAUCUGUUAAAAAGUACAAUCUGCCUGCUCAAAUAUUACAAUGUUUUUACAUUAUGUAGAAGCUGAAUUUCUAGCUUGAGCAAUAGGAGGAGCUUCCUGGUAUGAUCUCCUCUGUAAAUGACUAGAAUUUAGAGCAGAAGUGCUUCUGUCCUUUUGGGCAUAAUAUCUGCCAAGAGUAGAUAGAAACUGGUAACCUUGUGUAUGAGAAGAAAUAACUGACAGAAAUGCUACCUUUUCAGAUGGGUAUUACAUAAAUAGUGCAUAUUUUUCAGUUUAUAAAUAAUGGGACAAGCAAAAAUAACAACAUGCAAUGUGGACGUUAUAAAACUGAACACAAGUGCUGAGGUUUUAGUCUGGUGAAUAAAGGGUGCAGGUUUAAAGGAAAAAGUUGUAAAGUGUAAUGAACUAAGAUUGUAAAAUUAAGGCUUUUCAUAUAGGCUGCGCAAUUAAAGCCAAAUAUUAACUGUGGUUCAUGAAGCAGAUCAUCUCUUGUGCCUGCAAUGAGUGAGCUGGGGAACUCACCAAAACAUCACCCAGGCUUUAUGUAUACUGUCUGGUCAAUUCAGAAUUCUAUUAAUAAAAUGAUGUAAGAAGA